AGCGAUGUUGGUAUUACCUGUCGUUGGUUAGCGCUCGUCAGAAGUAAUGUUGGCGCGGUUAUUUAGUUAUAAAUGAGCUUAUUGAUGGAGGUUUCCUGUGCAGUGUAAUUGCAUUUUAUUUUGCGGAGUACGAGGCGUACAUGCUUCAUAAAAAUGUACUUGAAGUCUAUGGUUCUUGAUGGAUUUAAAUCUUAUGGUAAUCGAACAGAAAUAAAUGGAUUUGACCGACAAUUCAACGCUAUAACUGGAUUAAAUGGUAGUGGUAAAUCUAAUAUCCUUGAUGCUAUCUGCUUUGUUCUCGGCAUAACUAAUUUGGUACAGGUACGUGCUGCAAGCUUACAAGAAUUGGUUUACAAAGGAGGGCAGGCUGGCAUUACCAAAGCAAGUGUUACUCUAACUUUUGACAACCGUGACAGGAAUCAGAGUCCAUUUGGAUAUGAACAUUAUGAAGAGAUAACAGUUACCAGACAGGUUGUGACAGGAGGCAAGAAUAAGUAUCUUAUCAAUGGUUCCAAUGUCCAGAAUAAUCGAGUGAAGGAUCUGUUCUGCUCAGUUCAGCUCAAUGUGAACAAUCCGCAUUUCCUCAUAAUGCAAGGACGUAUCACAAAGGUGCUCAAUAUGAAACCACCAGAGAUUCUUGCAAUGAUCGAGGAAGCUGCGGGUACUAGAAUGUAUGAAUGUAAAAAACAGCAAGCCCAGAAGACAAUUGAGAAAAAGGAUGCAAAACUGAAUGAAUUAAAUGCGGUUGUAAAUGAAGAGAUUAGUCCAAAACUUCAGAAAUUGCAUGAAGAACGAUCUCAAUAUCUGGAAUAUCAGAAGAUGCAGCGAGAACUGGAACAUCUUACCAGAUUUUAUGUAGCAUGGCAAUACUGCUCGGCACAGGAGACCAGUGGAAAGGCUAAAGAAAAACUUGUAGAAGUUCAGAAAAAGAUUCAAGGCACCAGGCAGAAGAUAAAAGAUGGAGAGAAAGAAACUCAGAAUCUGGACCAGCAAACAGUUAACCUGAAGGAAAAGAAGAAUUUGGAGGGUGGCAGCAAAUUGGAGGCUCUGGAAAUGGAAUUAAAAGCAAAACAGAAGGAAGACGCUGAAAUCAUUGCUGCACUUAAAGGAAACCAUGACAGUGUUGUAUCUGAGGAGAAGAGAAAGAAACAUCUGGAACAGAGUUUGCAUGUGGAUGAAACUUCAUUGUCAGCUAAGGAAGCUGAAUUGCAGAAGGUGCAGGGACUCUUUCAGAAGUUAAAAGAUGCAGACAAAGCUGAUUCAGAAGCCCUCGUAGCUGCUCAACAAAAGUUUCAGGCAGUUAGUGCUGGAUUAGUAACUGAUGAUGGUGGAGGUGUUUCAACACUGCAAGAUCAGCUCAUGGCUGCUAAGCAAGAGGAAGCACAAGCACAAACAGAAGUUAAACAAUCUCAGAUGCAGUUACAACACUGUCAAAAAGAACUGACAGAAAAGCAGCAUGAGAUGAGGCAAACUGCAACAGAGUAUCAGAAGGAUAAAAGGAAUCUUGAGAACUUGGAGAAGGAACGUGACAGUUUAGAGAAUGAGUUGCAUAAAAUAAAAUAUGAAGAUGGUCACGUUGAACAACUUCAGGAUGAACGUCGGCAGCUUGUAUCUGAAAUACGGACUCUGAAAGAAAGAGUUGAUACAUUUGAAGCAAGGUAUCCACAUCUGAACUUUCAGUAUCGAGAUCCAGAACACAAUUUCAACCGUUCAGCUGUUAAAGGUUUGGUUUGCAAGCUGUUCAAAUUGAAAGAAAAAUCUGCAGCCACUGCCCUUGAAAUUGCAGGUGGCGGAAGAUUGUUUAAUGUGAUUGUGGACACGGAAACAACUGCAAAAAAGUUGUUGCAAAGAGGACAGUUGCAACGCCGUACUACAAUUAUUCCUUUGAAUAAGAUAGUUGGACACAGCCUGGAAGCAAGUACGAUCAGACUUGCACAAGAGCUGGUUGGUAAAGAAAAUGUGCAGCCAGCAUUGUCUCUUAUUGAAUAUAACGCUCAAAUACAUCCAGCAAUGCAAUGGGUCUUUGGCCAGACAUUUAUAUGCAAGGAUAUGGAAACUGCAAAGAAGGUGACUUUCCAUGAACGUAUCUUUAAAAAAUCUGUCACUUUGGAUGGAGAUGUCUUUGAUCCCUCAGGAACAUUGUCUGGUGGUGCCCGUGUGAAAGGUACAGCUUUACUUGAUCAGCUGGAAGAUGUUUAUAAAGCACAAGAAGAGCUGAACAGCAAAGAACAGAGGGUAGCCAAAAUUGAUAAUGACAUAAGAAAUCUUACCAAAAUAGCAGAGAGGUAUAGGCAACUGAAACAACGGUUGGAGCUGAUGACACAUGAAGUGGAGUUGGUUAGGAGGAAACUUCAGCAAACAGUUCACCACCAGCAUCAAGAGGAAGUACAAGCUCUCAAGACAAAGAUUGUGGAGCUUGAAGAUAGACUGAACCAUUGUAAACAGGUGCAGAAAGACAAUAGCAAAAAAGCAGAGGAACUUCAAAAUAAGUUGAAGAAUGCCAAGUCAAUCCAAGAACAAGCACUAAGAGAUGCUGAAAAUGGGAUGAAGAUGCAAAAAAAGAAAUCUGAAGAAAGUCGGACACAGUGGAAACAGAGAGAACAGGAAUUUGAAACUUUGAACCUGGAGAUAAAGGAAUUGAAAGCAUCAAUUGAAACAGGCCGUGCACAGAUUCAGGCUGCCCAAGAUGCUUUAGUGCAGUUAACUGAGCAAGGUGUGAAGUUAAAGGAAGCAGUUGUAGAAUCCAAGGCCACUGUCCAGAAAUUGCUGAGUGAAGUGAAGACGCAGAAGGGAACAGUUGGUGCAAUCAAUAAAGAAAUUCAUCAAAUAGAACAAAUGAAAGAGAAAAUUAUCAAAGACAAUGGGGACUCUGAACUGGAAAUUAAGAAACUGGAGCAUGAAGUUACCAAAAUUCAGUCUGAGUCUAAAGAUUGUUGCUCAAAGGUUUCUGCUCUAGAAAACAAGUAUUCUUGGAUUAAGGAAGAGAAGCAGUAUUUUGGCAAUCCGGGCGGAAGUUAUGACUUUACUGAAAAUGAUCCUCACGAGGCUGGGAAGCGAAUUUCAAAGCUUUCGGAAAAGACUGAAAAGCUCGGUCGCAAUAUUAAUACUCGAGCCAUGAGUCUUCUUAGCAAAGAAGAAGAACAGUAUGCUGAUUUGAUGAAAAAGAAAAAGACUGUUGAGUGUGACAAAGCUAAGAUUGUUGCUGUUAUGAAAGAAUUGGACCAAAAGAAAAAAGAGGCUCUCCGCAAAGCAUGGGAGCAAGUUAAUAAGGAUUUUGGUUCCAUCUUUAGCACUCUUCUUCCAGGAGCUCAAGGUUGUCUCCAGCCCCCAGAAGGCAUGGAUGUUCUGGAUGGAUUGGAGGUGAAAGUUGGCUUUGGUGGUAUUUGGAAGGACAGUUUAGGAGAAUUGAGUGGGGGACAGAGGUCAUUAGUUGCCCUAUCUCUUAUACUUGCUAUGUUGCUCUUCAAACCUGCACCAAUAUAUAUACUUGAUGAAGUUGAUGCUGCAUUGGACUUAUCCCACACGCAGAACAUCGGUAACAUGCUCAAGACUCAUUUCAAGCACUCACAGUUCAUCAUUGUGUCUCUGAAAGAUGGGAUGUUCAACAAUGCUAACGUACUAUUCCAAACCAAGUUUGUUGAUGGAAUGUCGACAGUGUCUCAUACAGCGCAAAGGAAUUAAUGGUCCAGACAAGUGAAAGCAGGUUCUUGGUCUUCUCGUAGCUUCGUUAGACAUUUGUUGAUCAGUUAAGUACACUGUUGUCUGGAAAGGUUUGUGAAUAUAUGCUCUGAUUUUAAUACUGUAUAGCUUGGGCACUUAUUUUCCAGAAUGUUGCAUAUGUCCAACUCGCAGAUUACCAAGUUCUUCCUAUAACCAACUGUUACCUUGAAUUGUGAAAGAUGAUAUUGCUGUAAUUGUAUGGCAAGGUCCUUUACGAAACUGUUUGUACUCCUGAAUGUCUGGACCAAACAGGCCAUGAAGGUUUGUAAUCCAUGUCCUUCGAAAUAUAAAUCAUUUUGUCUCAUAA